CAAGGUGCCACUCCAUUUCCACAUACUGCUUAUUUAUGAUUUCUGAGACCAGAGCCGGCAAGGGGAACAUCUGUGUCCGAAGGGCUCACCCAAGACAUCAAAUAUGGGACUAUUACAGAUAGAGAGGUGCAGGGCGAGAGUGAAGAGUUAAUCUGCUGUUUUUGAUGCUUUUCAUGUGGUGGCAACUUUGGGGAAACAUCAAGGAUUGUGUUAAAGUGCGAUAAGUGCUUUUUAUUAAUUAAAUAUCAAGAGACGGAAGUGUGAACCCGAACCCGUCGUCUGCGAGUGAGAGAACUCCUCGUGGGCCCAUCAGAAAUCUUUUCCUACCUGGAUCUUAUUGGAUGUGUUACUGAGACCUGGAGGCUUUGUUACCGUUCUCCCCAUGGAUCCAAACAUCCAGGGGUCUUUCCUCUUUAACAACAGCCUGAACCAAUUCAACACGGACCUGAAGGCCCCGGUGUGCCAGUACUCGGUGCCAAACUCUUUCUACAAACUCAACCCAGGCCUGAACAGCCAGCUGCAGCCAGGGACCCCGCACGGCAUCAGCGACAUCUUGAGCCGCUCCAUGCUGGGGAUGGGCACCACGGGCACCACCACUCUGCUGCCUGGAUACUCCACCAUGGGGGGGUUUGGGCCCUCCGUCACCAGCACGUCUGUGUACUAUAACCGAGACUACAACUCCAACCUGGGCGGCUUCUCCAAGCCAGGCACAGAGUGCCCCAUGAAGGGUCGCAGUGUGAGCUGCUGGGCGGAGAGCGGCUGUGAGUGGAGAGGAGGGAGACAGCAGUGCACCAACAGUAAUGGUCCUCUUGGGGAGAUGUCAGGCAGAAAAAAACACACCAGACCUACAUUCAGCGGGCACCAGAUAUUUGCCCUGGAGAAAACAUUCGAGCAGACGAAGUACCUUGCCGGUCCGGAGAGAGCCCGACUGGCUUAUUCUCUGGGCAUGACGGAGUCACAGGUCAAGGUGUGGUUUCAGAACCGACGCACCAAAUGGAGGAAGAAGAGCGCCUCAGAGCCGAGCUCCACGCAGGCCAGCCUCGCGGGACAGAGCGGGGAGGCCUCGGAGAACGAGGUGGAGGACGAGGAGUACAACAGGCCUCUGGACCCGGACUCUGACGACGACAAGAUCCGACUGCUUCUUCGCAAACACCGUAGGGCCUUCUCCGUCCUGCGGCUCGGGCCCCACCACGUCUGACAAACUGUAGCCUAUUUCAGUGAGCCUCCACAGCACACCUGCAUGCUGUUCUGAUUACUUCAUUUUGAAAACGAAGUUGAAUGAGUGAGCAUUUACGCAUGUUCAGUAGAGGUCGUCAGUGGUCAUUCAACAAAAACAGGUUCAAUAGAAAAACUUUUACUUUUACAAAAUUAAGCUAAUACGCGUUUACUUUUAUAAGUUACUGUAAGAACGGAUCCCUGGUCUGUUUAAUGUUACACCGCUAUGUGGAGAGAUAGUUUCAUGAACGUCUUUUUGUAAAAAUGAUUAAAUCACCCAAACAAAAGUGCAUGGUGCUACUGGUGAAAGGAUAUUAAUAAAUUAAGAUGAUACAUCUGAAGUCAUUCAUGUUCUCUUGUUUCACAGUAGAGUAUAUUCAAAUGUUAAUAUUUACAGUCUAUGAAUAUAUUGCUGAUUAUUUUGUGCUAGGCACUUUAAAUGAUGUGAAAGCCACAGAAGUGUAAUGCCACAUAAAGCUAUACCGGAAAAGCUUACCUUAGUUAAUUGUCUUAACCCAUGGACAAAUACCUGCAAAUGUAAAAUGUUGCAGUGAAAAAAUAAAAUAAAAUCAAGACUAGGUGGCAAAGAUAUCUCAAUCACAGCUUCAGUCCUAAACUCAUGAAUGUAAAGCUGAUCUGACGGUGAAGAGAUGGCACACUAUUUCAUGUUACUCUUACAGGCAUUACGUGACAGAUUCUUUUCUAAAUGUUUGUGGGCUUUUCAUAACAAUGGACUCAGUCCUACAAACACUGAGAGGCAGGAUGUUUGAAAUGAACUCUUUAGGCCUACUGUAUUCAUGCUUUUAAAAUACGCUAACAAUAUGGAGGUGGAUAAUGUGAACGACUCCUGAAUAUUGUACAAUAAACUAAUG